UUGCAGGCAAAACACCAACCGACUGCAACAUCCAAAAAGAAAAGACUACUUAGAAAUCACAAAGCCAGAGACAGGAAGGGAGGUCGAUUAGAGCAGUCCCUCCCUCUUUCGAUCCGGAAUCAUGGGUUGCGGUGAAUCGAAGCACGAUGUUGCCGCUGGAAACACCAUCAGCCUCAGCAAGAAAUCGAACAUCGACGAGCCAAAGGAAAUCCAAAAGGAUGCCGACACUACCCCUGAAGCGGCCAACACCAAUGGCACAAACGGGUCCACACAAAAAGAAGGGGAAAGCGAGGUGAACACCGGCUCUGGAGGUGAAAAUGUGAAGGGGGCAGCCGACGCUGGGGACGUAACCCAAGAGACUGAGGUUACAGCAGGCGAAGGGAAAGAUGGGGAGGCCGUAACGAAUGACUCCUCUUCGACGAAGGAGGUGGAUUCAAGUGCAAAUGUUGCGUCAGCUGAGAGUGCUGCGUCAGCUGAGAGCGUCGCGCCAGAAAAUGUCGUCAAAGAGAAGAAAGAAGAAACGGACAAGGGAGAGGCUGAGGUUGUGAAAGAAGAGAACUCGACCAAGGAACUGGAAUCUGCCCAGACAGUUGAUGAAUCGAAAGUAACAAGUGCAGAGGGAGCCGCCGCAAAUGCAGCAGCUAGCGACCAGAAGCCAAACUGAAGAAAGAGUUCGGCAUUAACUGGGUAGGAGCCAAAUGCAGAUGGAAGGUUCCUUUAUCUCUCGUACUAUUGCAUUGUAAUUUACUAUGAUAACCUCUUGAGGUACAGCUUUUAUCACAACUUGAAUGCUACAACAAUGUCCCGAUAGUCCAUUGUGGACUUGGAACGAUUUGAGUUCAUAAUGGCAAACGAACGUCUCAUCAACUUCAUUGCAAAUGGCAACCCAUAACCAUUUUGGAUUGAAUUUUAUCGAAUUGGGUUCAUGUUACUACUCCGCAUGAGAAUCCCGCUUGAUCUACUUCCGAUCACCUUGUAGUUUAUCCACUGAAGAAGAUCAAAUCAACAGCAGCCUGGGUAGGUUAGGGUUGAUUACGCCUUUACAGUACAGGCUCAGCUUAUGAUUUACGCUAUACAGUUCGCAACAUGCCACAGAGAUGUAAUGAAGCCAGCUUUUUUGGCAAUUGGUGAUAGAUGUCCCAUUCU